AUGCCAUAUCCUUUUGUAAGUGAACCGGCUUUGAGAAGAUCAGGGGCGGCGGAAAGCAGCAGCAAGAAGCGGAGGAUGGCUUGGGCCGCGACCAAGAGGUUUGCGGAGGGUAAUGGUGUUGAUAGGGAGAGGAACUACUACAUCCCGCCGGAUGGGGAUGCUCAGGAGCUAAUAGAUGGGCUGUCCAAUGGGGAGUAUGUGGUUCUAUAUGGUGCCAGGCAGACAGGAAAGACGUCCUUGGCUUUCUACAGCAUCGAGAUUCUCGCGUCCAGGGGUUUCACUUGCAUUUACAUCGAUUUUCCUGCACAGUCUUCCACCUUGUCCUCGCUGGACGAUUUCUGGAAGCUCUUUACACAGCGGGUCUACGAGUCGAGUGGUGACGCGCUUCCCGCACCAGACUUUUCUGGCGUUGACAGCGAGGCCUACCUCCGCAGGUUGCUUGCGGGUGGCGAUAAGGAUAUCAUUCUAGUCGUUGACGAGGCCAACCAUCUAUCCCGCAUCCCGAACACUUACAAGGUCUCCUUCCUUAACAACCUACGGCAUCUCAAGCAGCUAGGGAGGAGUCGCCUGUUGUCGCUCUUGUUCGUUGGCACUGCUUCACUUCUAGACGACCUGAUGAUCGCGAACAAGUACAGGACUUGGCUCGACAUAAAGCCGUCAUUUUCUGGCAACGUAUAUUCACCCUUCUCCACGGACAGCUUGUACACAUCUAAGAACUUCACAGAGGAGGAAGUAUGGGAGCUCAUCUCGCAGUUUGUGGCUUACAAGAAGGUGGAGGUGGAGAGGGAUGUAUCCAACAGCAUCUUCAGGAUCACAGGGGGGCGAAAGGGGCUCGUUGGUGUUUGUUGCGCGCUAUUGGCAGGAGACAAAAGCAUGCGAGACUUUGGGCACAGGAACUUGGGGAUGUGGAGCAACUUCAAAAAGGUGCACCUGAUAGAGAAUGUUUUUGCAAGGCCAACGUACAACGCCAUGUGGGAGAACUGCUACGCACUGGAAGGAGACGAGAAGCAACUCUUGCUCAACAUGCUGCAGAAGGGCGGCAAGCUUGAGCUCCAGUGGGAGGACCCGCAUUUACUCGGAACGGUCAACUUUUUGGUAGCGGAAGGAAUCCUGGUGGACUCCAGCGACAGGGGUGGGUUCUCUGUGCUGCACUUUUCGUCUGAGCUGCUGCACUCUUUGCUGCUGAAGCAGAUUUGCAUAGAGGAAAAUGAUCUUCUAGUGAAGACAGGUCCCUUGCCUUUCAACAGGCUGUGGGUCAUCCAGAGAACUAUAAUGUUGCUGGACCUGGAUAUUUUCCUGCAGGAGGAGUCGUGCAAUGCGGAUGGGAACGCGUCAGAGUAUGGCCUGCAAUUUGAGUUCUUUGUGAAGUUGAAGAAGGUGCUGGAGCUGGGUUACCCGUAUCUCAAGUGGAAGGUCAUUCCAGAGGCCACGCAUGAAGAGAAUUGGAGGCGGAGGCUGGAUAUACUCGCCAAAGACGGGGACAUAGGCUGGUUUGGCUUUGAAAUUCUCAGGCAAGGUUCCAUGGAUGACCUGAUCGAACACUAUAACCGAGCCAAAUGGUACGCAGAUGUGCAUUCAUGUGUUGUGUAUAUGAUCAAUUUCGUGUUGGAGGGGGAGGGGGUUGAAUUCAAGGGGGAACCGGGGGGUCCAGUCACAGUUUACAACGUUUACAUCCGCGGCACUGAAGCAAACAUGGUUGGAGGCUGGUAUGCUGAUGCUGGCCACCUGGACGUCAACCUGCAUCUUGCUAACGUCAGAUCAACACUCACCUGGGAUUAG